GUAACUCCGCGCAUAUCUGCAGCCCGCAGCUGGGAAUGUACCGCGUUGUACCAUUAAUUACGACUAGCGCCCCGAGCAUCCUGACAGCCUGCGUUUCCCACUCCGGCCUCUCUACUAUUAUUAUUUCCCCAUCUCUCCCCCGUCUCUCUUCCCUCUUCUCUUCUCCGGUCUUAACAUCUGCAUCUAAUGAUUCAUGAUCUUUCCAUCUCCCGUCGUUUCCCCGUUCAUAAUAAUCCUAAUUGCAUACCACCCCUCUAGCGUCUGUUUAUCGCCGUCUCCAUCUCCCUAUGGCGCAACCGCCCCCCAUGGACGCUGUAGGAGCCUUCUCCUACUUAGCAGAUAACAUUCCGGAAUGGAUUGAUCGCUUGUCUGAUCUGGCCGUGCACACGGCCGCCAAACAUGCCGAAUACUCUGCCGCCUUUAAGAGGCUGUCAGCAGGGAGACGUCCUCGACCUCGACGACGGAAGAACAGCUCCGUCUGCUCCAUCCACACGGAAGAUCAGGAAGUUAUCCUCGCGGUACGACAGGAGGCGCAGGCACAUCAGCAGCAGCAGCAACAACAACAACAACAACAAAAUCAACCGAAUCACUCGAAAGAGUCCGCCAUUGAUGACUCCGCCUCACAGGAUGGGCCGUACGAGAACCCCCGAAAACGAGGCCCUGAUGAAGCGCCCUCGGUCUCAGAUGAUGAGCUGGAUUUCGUCUGCACGCGGCACAACGUCGUUAUUGAAUAUGAUGGUCACACCCAACAGGCCCUAGAAGAUAUCGCUCGCAAGAUCGCUAUUUCAAGAAACAACCUUCGACGGGGGAAAAUGGCUUCGAUGAUACGUCCUGGCCUUCGAAUGGCCUUGAGGAACAAUAAGGCCCUGGACGGAGCUUCCGAUGCCGACAGCCCUGACGUUCUUUUAUCCAGCAUCCGCAGCUCCCGGAAUCGGACCUCCCAAAGUACAAUGUGCUUUGAUAUGGCAGAAAAACAGUUGGAACUGCUCAACAGUCACUGCGAGGCAGCUGCCCAUGAGGUUCUGCGUGUGGGGCAAUGUGCCACCCAGCUGGAGGCGAUGAAGGAGAAGUUCACCGCCCUGCGGGGAAUGGCCCGCACCGAAGUGGAUCGCUUGAAGAAACAGGCACAGUUAGAGGCGGAGAAUCCUGUGAAGCCGUCAUCACCGCAGCCGGUCAAGCCUGCCGCAGAAGUGAACAAGAAUCCCAUGUCCAAUACCACUGCCAUCGAGGUCGACGACGAUACCGGUGAGUCGGAAGAAGUCAUCGAUAUGAGCGUUUUCCGAACCGCUCGACGAAUGCGAAUGUGAAUCAUACCAUCAACAAGAUUCAAAUUGAAGUACAUAUAUACAUAACAUACGUUUCGCCUUUUUUUUUUUUUUUUUUUUUUUCGGAAUACCUACAUCAAGCGAAAACACUACGAAUGAGCGAUUUCAAAGUUGUCUUUUCCAAUGAAAAGCAAUCCAUCUUCCGGUAUACCAUUUGUCAUUCAUUACUCUAUCCUAUCCAAUUGGACAGUAUCAAUACAUCCAUACCCAUGAAUGAGCGUUCGACCGUCGAGUCUCUCUUUCCCAGCGUUAAAUACCUGAUAUGUUUGCCAUCUACAUUACAUUUACGAACAUCCUUAGCGAUGGAACAGAAUCGCAUAGCAUGGGCGGUGUUUUACUUUCCUUCUGCUUUCCCUCUCUCGCGCUCCUUGCAGGAUUACACGGCCGUCUUGUUGCGUUUGCGUAUCAUGCGAUUUGUGGUUAAUUUUCUUUUCUCCACUAUAGGGAUAGCCAUGGUUGAUGUCACUUUUUCAUCACGCUUGAAACGUAGCAUGUAGCAGAUGGCACUUGUAUGAGGUCGAAUACGUAUGCUGAUCUGAUAGAUAGGCAGAUGCAUCGAGUAUAGCAAGUACACGGCAUAUGUUGUAUGUACUUUUCAUACGCUCAGGCCUACUUAUAGCUACCAGUGCGGUUCCGCAUUGGGAUCCCUUUCCGUCCUAGUCCACCUGUCUACUAUCUAUCUAUGUAGAUCACCAGUACUUUACUUACAGUAAGCAAUGGCAUGAAUGAAAUCUGAAUGCUCUAAAGAGAAGGCCAAUAGAUCUAGUCUUUUAAUGCACUACAUAGCAGUAUUCUCUAAC